AUGUCUACUGAAUCGGGCUUUUACUCGCUCAAGGCGACACUGCCUGGCAACAAGACGUAUGACUUUGCGGAUCUGAAAGGAAAGACUGUCCUUAUUGUCAAUACGGCGUCAAACUGUGGUUUCACGCCUCAAUACAAAGGGCUUCAAGCGCUGUACGACAAGUACAAGGACCGUGACUUUGUAAUCCUCGGUUUCCCGUGCAAUCAGUUUGGUGGCCAGGAGCCUAAAGACGACGAAGCCAUCGGCGAAUUCUGCUCCAGGAACCACGGCGUUACUUUCCCUCUCAUGAAGAAAUCGGAUGUGAAUGGCGACAAUACCAAUGAAGUGUUCAAGUGGCUGAAGCAGGAGAAGGCUGGUCUUUUGGGCCUUUCCAGGAUCAAGUGGAACUUUGAAAAAUUCCUUGUCAACAAAGAAGGCAAGGUUGUUCAUCGAUGGGCCUCGACGACGACUCCGGAGCAUAUUGAUGUUGAGGUUGCCAAGAUCUUGUAG